AUGCCACCACCGAGUACAGUCGAUGCCUGGCUCAAUGGUCGGCGCUUUGGAAUCGUUAUUGAUGCGGGUUCAUCUGGCUCCAGGCUUCAGAUCUACAGCUGGCGAGAUCCUCGCCUCGUCCGACACGAGCAAGGCCCAAAAGCGUAUUAUGCUCUGCCAGACGUCGGGAAGGGAACAGAAAAUGCAGAUGACUGGGUCCGUAAAGUAGAGCCAGGCAUUUCAUCUUUUGGCGAAAACCCCGAUGGUGUCGCAGUCUAUCUUGCCCCCCUGCUCGACCAUGCUCGAGAGCACAUUCCCCCUUCGCUGCAUCACGAAACCCCUAUUUUCCUUUUGGCCACCGCGGGCAUGCGUCUCCUGCCUACGUCACAACAGGAAGCAAUUCUGGAUGCUGCCUGCGACUUUAUCCGAUUUCAUUCUCACUUUCGAGUUGACAAUGAAUCUGCUGCGGGUCAUUGCGGGUCGAGCGUUCGCAUUAUUUCCGGCGAAGAGGAAGGCCUUUUCGGCUGGGUUGCAGUCAAUUAUCUAAUGGAUCAAUUUACGGGUAAUGACGAUGAUAAGACGACUUACGGUUUCUUAGACAUGGGAGGCGCAUCUACUCAAAUUGCAUUUGAACCCAGCGAAGAGGAACGCACAAAGACCAAGAAUCUAAUUGAUGUCCAUUUACGACUUAUUGGAGGAGAAGAUAUUCAUCAUCGAGUUUUUGUUACUACUUGGCUAGGCUAUGGGACAAAUCAGGCUCGGGAGCGAUACGUCGGGAAAACUAUCACAGAAUAUGAAACUUCGCAGCAUGCGGAGGGCCAUGGUCCCGUACCUGACCCAUGUCUACCGAAGGAUCUCUAUUUAUCGGAAGAUUCUGCAUAUCCUGGUCAUGAGGAUGCGCAUAGUCGGAAAGCGCAUACGCUUGUUGGCACCGGCGCUUUUGAGCAAUGCUUAGAACAAGUCGCUCCUCUGCUGAACAAAAAUGCACCCUGUCCUGACGUCCCAUGCCUUUUCAAUGGUGUCCACGUGCCUCAAAUCGAUUUCUCUGUUUCCCACUUUAUUGGCGUAUCCGAAUAUUGGUAUUCAACUGAACACGUGUUCGGCCUUGGUGGCGCCUACAAUUUCGAAGAGUACGAGAAGGCUGCAUCAGAGUUUUGUUCUCGAGAUUGGGACGAUAUUUUGAGGCAGCACGCGACUUCAAAGGCAAAUGACGCCUUGGGCGGAGAUGGAGAGGUGGAAGAAGAAGGACGAGUUGUUGGGGUGGAUGAAUGGGGAGAAGAAGUCGAAUUGUCAAGGUUGCAGAUGCAAUGCUUCAAGUCUGCAUGGAUCGUUAACGUUUUACAUGACGGCAUUGGUCUGCCCCGUAUCGUUGAUCCUGGAGGAAAUUCACAAGAAGAUUCAAGUGAUGUUAAAGAGAAGGUAGAGCAGAAAGGUUUGGGAAAGCCAACCAUGCAGUCGCUUGAUUCUAUUGGUGAUACGUCUAUCAGCUGGACGCUCGGGAAAAUGGUCCUCGAGGCUAGUCGGGAAGUUCCUCCG